AACGACAUUGGCUUACGGGACGUCUCGUUGUUUUACGUUUUCGUUAUUUCGGUUUACUAAACGCAAUAUGUCACGCGCCACCGCCGUCGUCGUUGUCCUCCUCCUCGCUGUCCUUGUUGAUCUCUCCGAGGUACAGGCCAAUGCGUGCAGCAAGAAAUGCAUUGCAGAACAAUGCCACGUGCUGUCAAUCAGAUACGGAAAGUAUUGCGGGGUGGGGUACUCUGGCUGCCCUGGUGAGCAACCCUGUGAUGAUAUUGACGCUUGUUGCAUGGCCCAUGACAAUUGCGUUGACAAAGAAGGAAUGGUUUCUGUGGAUUGUCACCACAAGUUGAAGAAGUGCCUAAUCGACGUUCAGAAAUCUGGGAAGGAAGGAUUCUCAAAGGAGUGUCCGGUCAGUGUAGCUGCCCCUACUAUGAUUAAAGGCAUGGAUUUUGCCAUCUUGAUGACCCAAUUGGGGAGCAAUAUACAUCAUUAAUUAACAUAUUCCUUCCCCGUCCAAAUCCUAAUCAACAAAACUAAUAUUGAUUCUGAAACAGAAAAUCUUAAUGAUCUGCUUCAGUCAUUCUUUCUGUCCAAAUA